CUAACCGCGUUCAACGCGCGUUCCCACCAACCCUACUCAUCACCAAAUUUCCCACGGAUGGACUUUCCCGCAACACCAUUCUUCACCACCUCCGUCGUCCGCAGUUUAACCUGACUUGGCACUUGCUGUACCAACAUCUGGCUCGCGCAUCCGCUCUCCACCGCGUCAAGCAAAGACACAGUAAGGUGAGUUUUCGGGGUUCCCAAAUCAUGCGAUGUUGCUGUUUGGAAAGGGUGGUUCCCAGAGUCACGCUGCACCCUGACGGGUUGGGCAUUUGGUUAGCCCCGAAUCGUGUACCAUCGGCCCCAGCCGCUCUUUUUUUCCAUUUGAAUUGGUUUUGAGAAAGAGUCUGCACCAAUUAUGGUUAUCGGACCUGCGUGACAGGUCCCAAACCUGCGGGUUCCUGACUUCGGUCGGCUUAAGCAGAGUAGGCAGCCCUGUCCCUUUACGAUUCCAGUUGAGUACCUGGGCGAAAUGUCCACGGGGUCAUGAAUUUGACGUUCCGCAAUGAAAAGGCAGCAACGUCCAGUGUCAAAUCGGGUGCAUCAACAUCGACAUUACUUUUGGACGUAUACGACCACCUUUUUGUCCUCUUUUUCCUUGUAUGUUCAUGCUGCCCUCCUACGCCAUCGGUUUCACCUUUUUCCUCGGCGUUUGUUUUCUGCGAGAACCGCGGCUUUUUUUUACGUUUUGAAUCCCUUCUACCCCCUUUUUUGGGCUCUUCGUGGCGUCUUUUUCCGUCAUCGUCUGAACGAUUUUCCUCGGCGUUCAUUUCCUGCGAGACCGAAUUCCCCCCUCUCCCGCCGGUGACACUCUUGGACCCUAAAGCCUUAAUCUAGAUAUUAUAAUAAAAUGUUAAGCUGUGUAUGUUUUCUUACGAAUAUAAGUGGAUGCAUCAUCAGAAA